AUAUACCCCUCUCUUCUCUGACUCUCUUCUCCAUUACCACCACCGUCUCUACCACCACUGCUUCUCAAAAUGGCAAAUACCCAUUUGCAUUUUUUUCUUUCUUUUUCAGUUUUCUUCAGUUUAUUCAUUUCUGGCUAUGUCUAUGCUGCUUCUUCUUCUUCUUCAAAUCCACAGGUCCAGACCUUAAACACUAAACCAGAAUACAUAAACCCUAAGCUGCCGCCAAGAACCUUUUCUUCUUCUAAGAAAUAUGAGGGUUCAUCGGACUUGGUCCAGCUCCGCUACCACAUGGGCCCAGUCCUCUCUUCUUCUCCGAUCAACAUUUACCUCAUCUGGUACGGCAAAUGGCCCAAUUCCCAAAAACUUCUCAUCAAAGAUUUCAUUAAUUCCAUCUCUCCCACUGCAGUGGCCGCUAAACCGUCCGUCUCCGAGUGGUGGCGCACUGUCUCUCUUUAUACAGAUCAAACCGGCGCCAAUGUCUCUCGUUCUGUUCUCAUAGCCGGUGAGUAUUCCGAUAAAGCCUAUUCUCUUGGUACCCACUUGACUCGUCUUUCAAUCCAGCAAGUAAUCGCAACCGCCGUGAAGUCCGCUCCAUUUCCGGUAGAUCACAAGAACGGGAUCUACUUGAUCCUAACAGCUCAAGACGUCACGGUUCAGGACUUUUGUCGAGCUGUUUGUGGGUUUCAUUACUUCACAUUCCCGUCAAUGGUAGGCUACACAUUACCAUACGCGUGGGUAGGAAAUUCAGGCAAACAAUGCCCCGAAGUAUGCGCCUAUCCUUUUGCAAUUCCGGGAUACAUGGGCGGAGGUGGGCCUGGGACGUUGAAGUCCCCGAAUGGUGAUGUGGGUGUAGAUGGGAUGAUCAGUGUGAUAGGACAUGAGCUAGCAGAACUAUCUUCAAACCCCUUAGUAAAUGCUUGGUAUGCAGGAGAAGACCCAACAGCACCAACUGAAAUUGGGGAUCUGUGUGAAGGAUUAUAUGGAACAGGUGGGGGCGGUGGGUAUAUAGGGCAAGUGAUGAGAGAUAGACAAGGAAGGACAUUUAAUAUGAAUGGAAGAAGAGGAAGAAAGUUUUUGGUGCAAUGGAUAUGGAGUCCUCUGUUGAAGGCAUGUGCUGGUCCAAAUGCUAUGGAUUAGGAUUUAAAAAAGUUUGGCUCAUAUUUUAGUUUGUGAGUUCUUUUGCUUUUUUUCUUUUUUUAUUUUUUUAAUU